UCGAUAGCGACGAACUUCGGCCGUACAAGUAUUUGCCGUUAAUUAAUAAUUUGGCUGUCUGUGAACGGAUGUAACGGAUUUCUAUGAACAAAAGUGCGACUGAGAAAUCCUUUCGUUUUCAAGUUAAUAUAUUUUUUUUACAUUGAGAAUGCCAAAAGGAAGAAUGUUGAGGAUUUUAAUUAUUUUAUCGUUAAGCUGCCGGUUAGAUUUAUCGAAUGCUCGCCCUGCGGAGGAAUCCACGAGACUCGGCUUCGAUAACGGAGAAAAUGACACAAACAACGUCUUGUCUUCAACAACGGAGCAGGGAAAGGAACUACCCCGCGAAGCUUCGAACAAUGUCAUACCGAUAGUCACUUUGCCCGACAAGCCCAGUGUAAGUCUCAGAUCUUUAACAUCGGUCCGGACUACUACGCCCAUCGUUUUGUUCCAACCCGUGCAGCGAGAGACGGUUCGGUUAGAAAAUGAUAACGAGCAAGCGAUUUUUGAGAGGCCGAAGCCCGACAACAUCCGACAAGCGUUGAAUAGCUUCUUGAAUCCCACGCCGAUUGUCGACCGAAUCAAAGAGGAGGAGAAAUACGGUAAUAUGGGCGACAAGUUCGCCGGAUUCAGCAGAGCGAUCGUCAAUGCUUACGAGAGUCUGAGCAAUUUCUUGAACACAGUGGUGGACUUCCCUGUCCAUGCCGCCAAGCAGACGUCUCGAGGAAUAACGGAAACAUUAAAUCACCUAGGAGCACGACUCGUCGGUCUUCAAUAACAAGUCUGAGGAUGGUUUUCAGCAAUUAAAUUAAUCAAUGAUUAAUUGAACCAACAGAGUUGCCAACAUAGAAAAUGAAGUAGGUUAUUACGUAUUAAAAAAGUAUAUAAGAAAAUUCUUUGAAGUAUUCUCCCGUUGCAAUUUAUUAUUUAAAAUUGCUAUCAUAGUCAAGUAUUAAUUAGUUCUAUUUUUUUAUGGGAUUAAUAAUCUUUUUGUUGUUGUCGAAUGACAAAUUACAUAGCUAGAAAUUGCUGUUGACGAUUCUGUCGACUAAUCAUCGAUUCACAUACAGGCGUAUACAUCGAUCAGAGAAUAUGUAUAAAGUAAAUAAAAAAAAACUAUCGUGUGUCAUUUAGAACAAUGUUAC